AAUAAAAAAUAUACUUAAAAUUAAUUUAAAUAAGAAUUAUAUUUAUUAUAAAUUUUUAAUAUAAAAAUAAAAAAUCUAAUAUCAUAAUAUUUUAUUUCUAACAGUUUUUCCAGACUAUCAAACGGACGACUCCAGAGGAUGACGCUGACGACGACGACGACAGGAUGGUAAGCCAGGAGGGUUGGAAUGUCUUAGAAUUUCCCCAUCCCUUUUGUAACAAGCAGCCUUGCCCAAGGAGGAAAAGAAAACACACACACGAGAUCCCCCUCGUCACCCCCUCAGUUCCUCACAAGAAUUACGGCCACUGUGCUUUCUCUUGCUCUCAUGCGCAGUCAAUCUGAAAUACUAAACUACCCUUCUAUUUCCUCACUUAUUACUUGCCUUCCCUCCGUUGGUGACCGUGACUGGAAUCGAGGGAACCGAAACCAACUGCUGCUUGGGUAUCGAAGGAAUUCAAAUCUGAAUGAGAGUUCGUUGUCAUGUUCUCGUUUCUAUCUAUUCCUUAACAUUUUUCUGAGCUGGCUCUUUUCUGAAUUGUCGAUUUUUCAUAUGUGGGGUUUUGGAGAUUGGCAAGCAAACAUUGGUGGCUUCUAGAAUCACAUUCGUACACGCAAAUGAUAAUUAUGUAGUUAUUUGAAUUCUUCUCUGGUUUACCUAUUUUGCGGAUUCAAUUAUUGGAGAUUUAUUUGAGCAUGAGUUUUUAGGUGACCCUGACAAUUAGUAGGGAUUUUGAGUGGCGUACAAUUCUUUUAGAGGACUAAAUUUCACUUGCAUGUUCUGAAUUUGGAGAGUUUUUGUUGGUUCUGAGGCGAUAUUCUUCUGUUGUUGAUUGGUUGUUUGGUAACAUCAACUUUUUUGGUGUGGAAUUAUGUCUGGUGGGACACCGGUUGGAGGUGGAUAUAUGAGGCAGAGACAUAGCCAAGGCUAUGCCACGAGUGGUGAUGACCUCGAAGAUGAUGCUUGCUCUAGGCCACAGUCCUUUUCACCACCGAGUCCUCCGAGAGCUCGGUCUUGGCUUGAGAUUGUUGAAAAUGUGCUUUGGGUUGCCUCAGCAGUUUUUAUUGUGUACUUUGGUGACAGGAAGUCCAAUUUCUUUUAUCUUUUGUGGCAUGAUGACCGAAUCAGAAGCUUAUGCAGAAUGCCUCUGUAUUUUGGAAUGGCUUGUGUUGGUGUGAACGUUGUCAUCUUCUUUUAUACGAGCAUGUUGUCUUGGAGUUUGAGGAGGUUUGAUGAGAAAUGGGAAUUGUUAAGCACAUCUGCUUUGCCAUUUGUUACCCUACUGGGGCUUGUUUCCUUCUGCUUGUUAUCCUUUGCUUUGUGGCCUAUCUGGAGUUUCUUGACCCUUCCUCUUAUGUUCACGCUGUUUAUGGCUUGCAUGGUUAUCUUCCCGCAUUUUGUGAUGGAGAAUUUCAGGUCACCCAGUGACUCGUUCCGCAUAGAUUAAGCUUCGUGGGUGACAAGCAAGAAACAUACUAUCUUAGAUGAAAAUAGUUUGUAGCCAAACAUGGAUGUUUGGUAAGAUUAGCAGUAAAUAUAAGGUUUAUGUUUCCCUGUGGCUGCCUUCUGCUUUGUUGUCUGGCGUAUCAGUGCUAACCACAACUGCUCAUGUUCUUUUAAUCAUUCGGAUUUCAUUCUUACAUGUCCGUAACCUGAUAUCCCGGAA